AUGGCAUCCCAAAUCGUGGACGGCGGCCUCAUCUCCGACGAGAAGGUAGCGUUGGAAAAUGAGAAAGAGAAGCUUGAAGUCUUGGAAAAACCCAGCCCGCCCCUCACUACUUCAUCAUCAUCCAUAUCCGAUGGAGAAGAAAUCAGUGAGAAAGCAAUCCUACGAAAGCUUGAUUACAAGCUCCUUCCGCCGUUGACGCUGUUGUAUCUUCUCUCCUUCCUUGAUCGAAGCAAUGUCGGGAAUGCGAAACUUGAAGGCCUUGCAGCAGACAUGAACUUUACCGAUACCCAAUACCUGAGCACGCUCACCAUCUACUUCAUCGGAUAUGUCAUCUUCGAAGUGCCGGCCAACAUAGUUCUUAAAAAGACGACGCCACAGUUUUGGCUGCCGACUACCAUGGUAGCGUGGGGGAUUGUCGCGACUCUCCUGGGUGUCUGCAAGAAUUUUAAUGGAUUCCUCGUUGCACGCUUUUUCCUCGGGGCCACGGAGAGUGGAUUGUUUCCUGGUGUGGUAUUUUAUUUAUCCAUGUGGUAUAAGCGCUCAGAAACGACAUACCGCGUGGCCCUCUUUUUUUCAGCAGCAAGUCUAGCAGGGGCCUUUGGCGGGAUUUUGGCAUUUGGGAUUGCUCACAUGAGAGGAAUUGCUGGGUUGAAUGGAUGGAGCUGGAUCUUCAUUUUGGAGGGCAUCCUAACUGUUGUCGUUGCCUUUGCCGCUUAUGGGUUCAUCCAUAACUAUCCCAAAACCGCCAAGUUUCUCACCGAGCCUGAGCGGGAAUUCGUCCAGGCCCGCUUGAAGGCUGAUAACGAUGCAACCAACCAUGAGCCAUUCUCCUGGCCAUCUGUGCUCCGUGCGGUCAAAGAUCCAAAGUGCUGGCUGUACGGCCUCGCCUUCCACACUCUUAGUCUGCCACUCUAUACACUCUCACUAUUCCUCCCAACCAUCAUCAAAGCACUCGGCUACACAGCUGCGCAGGCACAACUAAUGUCGGUCCCACCGUAUGCCGUCGCCACUGUCCUUACUGUCCUCGUCGCAGUCGCAUCCGAGAAGGCCAAGCGUCGUGCUCCGUUUAUUAUCGGGUCCUCUAUCGUUGCUAUUAUUGGGUACAUCAUCCUUCUCUCCGCUCCCUCCAACAAACCAGGGGUCAGCUACGUUGGCACUAUAUUCGCUGCCGCUGGUAUCUACCCCGCAACCGGAAUUGUUCUCGCCUGGCCUGCGAACAAUGUCUCAGGGCAGACGAAGCGUGCAACGGCCAAUGCGAUGCAGAUUUCGAUCGGGAACUUGGGGGCAGUGCUUGGGACCCAGCUGUAUCGACCGAGCACCAAGCCGCGAUACUACCUUGGGCAUGGGUUUGCGGCAGGGUAUUUGCUGGCGAAUAUUCUGGUGGUGCUGACGAUCUGGGCCGUACUUGCGCGGGAAAACAGGAGGAAGCUGGAGUCGGAGAGGUCGGCGGUGGUGGAUGAGAGUCCGAUUGAGAACGACGAUGAUGUGAGAUGGAUCUUUCAGGUUUAAUUAGCUUGAUGUGAAGAUGGGUUUGGGGGAGCUAGUCCCCCCCUAUACGAGUAGUAGUAGAUAUUAUACACUUGAACCAGCACCCUGGGGACAUCUCUUUCUAG